UUCUCUACUGUGAAAUCUGUUGUUAGCGCAGCGGUAUUCAAAGAACGAAGAAUGGGUGCUUCUCUUCUCCGCUUGCAUUUUCAUGACUGCUUUGUCAAUGGAUGUGAUGGUUCAAUUCUGCUCGAUGACGCAUCAAAUUUCACAGGGGAGCAAAACGCGAAUCCUAAUCAGAAUUCUGUGAGGGGGUUCAAUGUUAUUGAUGAUAUAAAGACUGCAGUAGAGAAGGUGUGCCCAGGGGUAGUGUCAUGUGCAGAUAUCCUGACAAUGGCUGCUCGAGAAUCUGUUGUACUCGUAAGUAGUACUCUGAUCAGCUUUAUGUUCUCAUUACGAAGAAGAAAAUAAUAGAUGUU